CUCCAAUCCCUCUCUGACAUUCUUUUUUCCUAAAAAUCUAUUGUCUUUUGCCUUUGACGAGAUGCAGGCCUUCUCAAGGUGCGCCAGACCGGUUUCUCAAGCCGUUGUUCGAAGACAAGGCUACGCUACGGCUACCAGUGGGUACGCUGCUACAGGACAACACUUGCGGAUCAACAAGGACACGCGGGUUAUCUACCAAGGCUUCACCGGAAAGCAGGGAACAUUCCACGCGCAGCAAGCCAUUGAAUACGGUACCAAUGUCGUUGGAGGCACAAACCCAAAGAAAGCUGGCCAAACACAUCUUGGGCUGCCUGUUUUUGCCAACGUUGCAGAUGCAGUAAAGGAGGCCGGUGCUACCGCUUCAGCUAUCUUCGUCCCCCCACCGCUUGCGGCCGCUGGUAUUGAGGAGGCGAUUGCUGCUGAGAUUCCUUUGGUAGUAUGCAUCACUGAGGGUAUUCCGCAACAUGACAUGGUUCGUAUCACAGACAUCUUGAAGACACAACAAAAAACGCGUCUGGUAGGUCCCAACUGCCCUGGACUUAUCGCUCCAGGACAAUGCAAGAUCGGUAUCAUGCCUGGAUUCAUCCAUAAACGUGGUCGCAUCGGUAUUGUCUCUCGAUCAGGAACCCUGACCUACGAAGCUGUCAACCAGACCACCCAGGCCGGGCUUGGUCAGUCACUCGUUGUUGGUAUUGGUGGUGAUCCUUUCUCUGGCACAAACUUUAUCGACUGCCUGAAGGUUUUCUUGGAAGAUGAGGAGACCGAUGGAAUCAUCAUGAUUGGUGAAAUUGGAGGAUCUGCUGAGGAAGAUGCUGCCGAAUUCUUGAAGGAAUAUAACACCGCAAAGAAGCCAGUGGUCAGUUUCAUCGCUGGUAUCUCUGCGCCACCUGGACGAAGAAUGGGUCACGCUGGUGCCAUCGUCAGCGGUGGAAAGGGAGGUGCGGACUCCAAGAUCGCAGCACUUGAAGCUGCUGGUGUUAUCGUGGAACGAAGCCCAGCCAUGCUCGGAAAGGCAUUGCACGCGGAAUUUGUAAGACUGGACAUGGUUUAG